UAAUAAAAAAACGGUGAAAGUGGAUCUAUUAUCUAUUAUCUAUUAUCUAUUCUCUAUUCUCUGUUCUCUAUUUCCUAUCAUCGCCUAACCGUCAAUAAUACCUUCUUUAAUUCCUCUCUUCCUUUCUCUCAACCCUCAAAAUCCAUCAUCAUGACGACAAAAACAAUAAAAGUGAAUAAUGUCUCCUUAGGUGCAACAGACCAAGAUCUAAAGGAAUUCUUUUCCUUUUCAGGAGAAAUUCUCCAUCUUGAAACUCUAAGCGAGAAUGAACGGUCUCAAGUGGCAUAUGUUACUUUCAAGGAUCCCAAAGGAGCAGAAACUGCUGUUCUUCUUUCGGGAGCAACAAUAGUGGAUCAACCUGUCACUGUUGAUCUAGCUCCAGAGUAUAAACUCCCAUCUUCUGUACUUGUUUCCCCCACUCCAACAGUUGAGGAAACCAACCAAGGUGUUGGUAAUGGUGGUGGUGGUGAUCAAUCUGCUGUGAAAAGAGCAGAGGAUGUGGUGAUGAGCAUGCUGUCCAAAGGGUUCACUCUGGGCAAAGAUGCAUUGGGAAAGGCAAAGUCAUUUGAUGAGAAGCACCAGUUAUCAUCCACUGCCACAGCCAAAGUUGUCUCUCUUGAUCAGAAGAUUGGUUUCACUGACAAAAUCAGUGUUGGAACAAGCAUAGUGAAUGAGAAAGUGAGGGAAAUGGAUGACAAGUUUCGGGUUUCGGAGAAGACCAAGUCGGCUUUCAAUGCUGCUGAACAGAAGGUGAGCAGUGCUGGCUCUGCCAUCAUGAAAAACAGGUAUGUGUUAACAGGGGCCACAUGGGUGACUGGUGCUUUCAGCAGGGUCACCAACAAGGCAGCUGCAUCAGCAUCAAGUGAUGACAAUGUCCCAACGGAGGAGAAUAAAGCUUCUUCAACUGAGCAGGAACAUCCUCAUGUGGAUGACCAACCUUCAAAGUCACCAACAAGUCCCCACCUCCACAAGGUUUAGGCUUAAUCCUUAUUCAUUCUAUUAUACCUAUAUAUGUAAUUAUUUCACUGUUUGGUUGUUGUGUUAUCUUUUUGUACAAUAAAGUGCAAAUAACAAUGAUAAACCUUGUAAUUACAUAAAUAUAUAAGUUUAUAUAUGUGUUUAAUUUUACAGAAUCAUAAUCUAUAAACGAACGAUGUAACGUAUUAACUUUGAAUGUGAAAUUUAUUCCAUUUUUCCCUUGAA